AUGCAGAUCUCAAGUAUAUUAACGACAUUGCUGCAGACGGCGGUCGCCGUGUUGAUGUUGUCGCGGAGCGGUACAGAAGCCGUUCCGGCCGAAGGGCUAACGCCGUUCGGUUUCCUCAUGGCCAGGGCUUACGGACAACCGGCAGUAAAUCCGAUCAUGCGUCACAUAGCGUUCAAGCCCAGCGACGGGGCCAAAUUCCGGAAGUCUUUCGAGGAAAAACACGGACCCCGCGGACGGGACCUGAUCGACAGCCUGGGACGGGGUUCGUACAAGACUGGCGAGGCGACGGCGGUGAACCGAUUGCAGAACGACGCGGACAUUGUGAUCGCAGGCGAAGCUUCCAGUAAAUCUUUAGUAAUCGUGAAUCCUUCAGAAGCUCUACGUGCAAAACAAUGA